CUGAUACUGAAUAGUGAAUUUGUGAAUAGUGAUCAAAUAUAGAAAAAUUCUUAUAGAUAAAAAUGAAAGUAACAAAACGAACAAAUAAUUGAUUAAAAAACAUUUGGUAAUCCACGUUUACAUGUUAAUUUAAUUGCCAAAUACAUAAUACAAAUACAUACCUCGGGUAAAUAACUGUAAAAUAAGUUGAUUAAUAAUAAUUGCAGUAACAAUAAAUAAGCAUAUUAUCGAACAUAACAUAGAUUCUAUAAGGUGGUACUGAAAAUAAUUAUAUUCUUACAAAGUAUAGACAGUUCAGUUUUAAAGAGAAAUAUUUAAUAAAAUUAUUAAGAUUUUUGAAACAAAAAUAUAAUGGCGACAUGGAUAAAACAAAAUUGCAUAUCAUUUUUUCAAUUAUUUUGCAUAAAAGUUAUUAAGAAUGGACGAGUACCACAACAUUUAGCAUUUAUAAUGGAUGGUAACCGUCGUUAUGCAAAAAAGUUAAGUGUAAACUGCAGUGCUGGUCAUGUUAAAGGAUUUGAUAAGCUUUCAGAAACUUUGAAGUGGUGUUUAGAUCUUGGUAUUCCUGAAGUGACAGUCUAUGCAUUUAGUAUUGAAAAUUAUAAGAGAAGCACUGAAGAAGUUGAUGCUUUGAUGGACUUAGCUCGUGACAAAUUUAAGAGGUUCUUGGAUGAAAUUGAUCAGAUAAAUGAAUGGGGAGUGAAGUUACAUAUUGCGGGACGUUUGUCUCUUCUGCCUAGUGAUUUGCAAGUAAUUUUGUCUAAGGCAAUGUUGGCCACUAAGAAUAAUAAUAAACUUCGCCUAAAUAUAGCAUAUUCUUAUACAGGUCGUGAUGAAAUAAGUAGAGCUGCUUCACAUAUUGUAGAUAGCGUUCAGAAUAAUGAUCUUUCACCUGAUGAUAUCGACGAAGACCUAAUCACACAAACAUUGGACCUUGGAGCACCUGAACUAUUAGUAAGAACUUCUGGUGAAGUCAGACUUUCUGAUUUCAUGCUAUGGCAGGUAUCUAAUACAGUUCUUUACUUCACUGAUGUUUUAUGGCCAGAAUUUACAAUAUGGAACCUAUUGGGUGCCAUCAUACAUUUCCAAAGACAUGCACCACCAUUACCAGAAGAAAAAGAAAACAGUCCUGUUCAACAGAAUUUUUUGAAAAAAUUAGAAAAUAAGAAAUGGCAGGAGCUGGAAAAAAUUAUUAGCUUUUAGACUAUAAUUAUUUAUGUUAUAUGAUGGGAAAGAGACUUCAUGUGAGAUAUAAUGCAUAAUUGCUGAUCUUGUAUAGUAUGAAGAUUUUGGGUUUGAAAUUCCUUAGCAAUUUAAAUAAGUUAUUGAUUUUAUUUAUUAAUAAAUAGAUUAUUAUUUU